AUGAGUCAGAGUAGUGGUCCGAGCCCCCGGCUCCUUGACUCUCCUCUGCUGCUACAAAGUUCUGAGCUUCUCUGCAGCUUGGGGAACGCCCAGCCUGAGCAUAUGCAUCACCCUGACUCCCUUACACCUUCACCAAAGAGCCUUGCACCAUCUCCCAUCCCCCAGACUCCAAUUCCAGUACCGCCUGGGGACUGGGAGAGCCGCGAGGAGCUUCGACUACGAGAGCUGGAGGAGGCCAGGGCACGGGCGGCUCAGAUGGAGAAGACCAUGCGCUGGUGGUCAGACUGUACAGCCAACUGGAGGGAAAAGUGGAGCAAAGUGAGAGCCGAACGCAACAAAGCCAGAGAGGACGGUGUCCAGCUCCGUGGCCGGCUCGAGGUUCUCAGCAAAGAGUUAAGUGCUUUGAAGAGGGAGCGCCAGGAGGCCACUGCUGAGACAGAGCAGCUCCGAAGGGAGCUAGAAAGACUUCAAGGAAAGGGGGCCAGUGACCAGGAUACGGAGGAGCCUGUGCGAGAUGUGGACAAUGACAAACUGCGUAGAUCCAAGGAGGUGGAGAAUGGAGUGUGCCCAGAGAGUGGAUGUUCUUCUCGUAGCCCGAGGUCCAGGCCCUGGGAUGAUAUGGGGCCCAGCGAUGAAGAGGUGUCUAGGAUCACUGCGCUAAAGCUGAGGCUGGAUGAGAGUCAGAAGGUUCUGCUAAAGGAGAGAGAAGACAAGAUGCUUCUAAAUAAGACCAUAGAGAAGAUGGAGGGAGAGAUCAGCCACUGGAAGAUGAAAUGUGAUGAGUUGAACAAGUCCCGCCAGGAGGUGAUGACACAGCUCUCCCUUCUUCAGGAGCGCCACCAGGAUGAGCUCGGCCGGAUCUCGGAGGACCUGCAGGAUGAAAUGGGUGUUCGCUCCAGCAUGGAUAAGAAGCUGGCAGAGCUCCGAGCUGAGAUGGAGGGACUCCAGGCAGAGAAUGCGGAGGAGUGGGGGCCGCCGGGAGAGGCUGGAAACUGAGAAACUCAAUCUAGAACGGGAGAACAAGAAGCUGAGACUUCAGAUCCAGGACCUGGAGGAGAUACUUACCCGCAAGAGGAGACAGACGGCCAGUGCCCUGGACACCGACCUGAAGUCCAUCCAGUCUGAGCUCUUCGAGAAGAACAAGGAACUGUCCGAUCUGCGGCACAGCCACACCAAACUGAAGAAGCAACAUCACGAGAAAACGGCGGAGCUCACUCAUGCCAACCGCAGGGUGGAGCAACUAGAGGUGGAAGUGAAGAAACUGCGUCUCAGGGUGGAGGAACUGAAGAAGGAGCUGGGCCAGGCAGAGGACCAGCUAGAUGAGUCCCAGAACCAAACACGCAAGUUGCAGAGAUCUCUGGAUGAGCAGACGGAGCUGAAUGAGAACCUGCAAGUUCAACUUGAGCAUUUACAGUCAAGGCUGCGCCGCCAACAGAACCCGCCACUGUUUGGGAAGCUCCGCACAGCUCGAUUCGGGAGUGAUGACACCGGAGAAAUGGGAAGUGAUCCUGAUGAGGAUGAGCUGCAGAUUCAAGUCCCGUAA